AUGUCGCGACACAGGAUAAUCGCACCGGUCGAGAUCGAACGCAAGAUCGACCAAGGCGAACCGAUCGUGAUUUACGAGGGGCAUGCCCUGCAUCUCGGCGAAUGGAUCAACCGGCACCCGGGUGGUCGUCUCGCCAUCCUGCACAUGGUUGGCCGCGAUGCGACGGACGAAAUCAAUAUCUACCACUCCAAUAAGGCCCUGCUCAUGAUGACAAAGCAUCGCAUCGGCCGCGUUCAGCUGCCCUGGGCUAACCUGGAGCCGCCAAUCCGGCACCCAGACUACUACAAGAACCUCGACGAGAGAAAGCGAUUGGAGCGAUUGGGUGCGGCGCCUGCCACCGACAAGUCACGUCGCGGAAGGAGCGUCGAUCUAGGAUCCGCCGCCGCCAUCAUCAGCAAGAAGUUGAUUGGGAAGCCAGAGACGUGUGUGUACAGAUCCAGUAGCAGACGCCGGAGCGACCCCGAGAAGCAGCCCUUGAUCGAGGAUGAAGUCGAAACGCCCGCCAUCAGCGCUGCCGAGGAGAAGAAGAGACACAGGGAGCAAUUUGGCAUUGAGCAAGAAGAGCGCGAGAUAGAAGAGGGUGUUCGCGACAACCCAUCGCUCGAUGUCGAGACGCAAAACGCCAUCAUCAUGAACUACCGCGCCUUGCACCAACAGAUCAAGGACGAAGGUCUCUACCAGUGCCGCUACUCUGAAUACGCCAAAGAGUCAAUUCGAUACGGCCUUCUCUUCGCCGGCUUCGCUAUCUUUCUCUACAUGAAGUGGUACAUGACCUCAGCCAUCUUCCUUGGCCUGUUCUGGCAACAAAUCAUGUUCACAGCACACGACGCUGGUCACCGCGGCAUCACAGGAAACUUUGUUGCAGACACACUAAUCGGCGCCUUCAUCGCAGACUUCUGCUGUGGCCUCAGCAUCGGUUGGUGGAAAUCCAGCCACAACGUUCACCACCUUGUCACCAACAUGCCGGAGCACGACCCGGAUAUCCAGAACAUUCCCUUGUUCUCCACAACUCCCACUUACAUCAAAUCCGUUCUUUCGUCCUUUUACAACUUUCGCUUUGUAUGGGACGCCGCAUGCGAUGUCAUGGUCCCUUACCAAAAGUACCUGUACUACCCGAUUAUGGCAUUCGCCCGCUUCAACUUGUACUUCCUGGGAUGGCUGCAUCUGGUCUCACCGCGCGCGGCCCAACUAGGCGCGGCAUCCUGGACACGACCUGUGGAAAUUCUCUUCAUGUGCUGCUACUGGUACCUCUUCGGCUACCUUCUGGUAUGGACUUAUCUGCCCACAUGGCAAAUCAGGGUCGCAUACGUUAUCCUCUCGCAUAUGGUCACCAUGGUUCUCCAUGUGCAGAUUACUCUUUCUCACUGGGGCAUGCCCACAGCCGACCUCGGGCCCACAGAGUCGUUUCCCCAACGCCAGAUGCGCACCACCAUGGACGUCGAUUGCCCGCCCUGGUUGGAUUGGUUCCACGGUGGUCUGCAGUUCCAGGCUGUUCACCACCUGUUUCCCCGUCUGCCGCGCCACAACCUCCGCCGAGGUCAAGAACUGGUCCGCGAGUUCUCCGCCAAGACCGGUGUCAAGUACCACUGCUACGGCUUCGUUGAGGGCAACAAGGUUGUCAUCAGCCGCCUGGAGCAGAUUUCGCAAAUGGUCAAGAUCAUGGUCGAGUGCCAGAACCACAUGGCCGAGACUGGCGAGAGUGGUCUUCACUAG